AUGACGGGAUCAGUGGCAGCAAGGGAUCGAGAUGAUGUUGGCGGCGGCGACGCUCCCGGGAAUGGCAACAUGAGCCCGCCACAUGGCUCCAGAUGGGCGGACGACGGGCAGAAUGGGGACAUGAUGAGUUUGGAGACUGAAGCAGUGCCGUUGGAAGAGGCAUACCCGGCACCGCUACUGCGCGUGGAAGAGCAUCCGAGACUUCAGCCGAUCAGCAAAUCCAUGUCCGAGGACCACGUUGCCGUAGACAUUGAAGUCUUCGGAGGUACUUGGUACGGUCGAUCGAUCGGCAGACAGCAGACAUACAGACCCCCACUGGACCUUGGGAUGAAAUCACAAGUACGACGAGAUGCACUCAAGCUACCCGACCUCCUAUCGCCCUACACAGCAUAUGCAUGA